AUGCCAGUAAGGCGUUUCUGCGGUCACAGGUCUUUAGUGAAACGUUCUGAAACGCCCAAACUCUCGCAUGGUUUCUGGAAGAUGAACGUGUCUAAAAGUGGAUACCGUGUGUUCUCCGCCAACUCCAGCACCGCGUGCACCGAGCUGGCCAAAAAGAUAACUGAACGCUUGGGUGUAGAGUUGGGCAAGUCAGCAGUAUACCAAGAAGGCAAUGCAGAGACCAGAGUGGAUGUUAAGGAGUCUGUGCGCGGACAAGAUAUCUUCAUCAUUCAGACUAUUCCGAGGGAUGUCAACACUGCCAUCAUGGAACUGCUUAUUAUGGCGUAUGCACUAAAAACGUCCUGUGCCAAGAACAUCAUUGGGGUCAUCCCUUACUUUCCUUACAGCAAACAGUGCAAAAUGAGGAAAAGGGGCUCAAUUGUCUGCAAACUACUGGCAUCCAUGCUGGCUAGAGCUGGGCUUACUCACAUCAUCACCAUGGACCUCCAUCAAAAGGAAAUCCAGGGCUUCUUCAGUUUCCCUGUUGAUAACUUGAGAGCUUCCCCUUUCCUUAUCCAGUACAUUCAAGAAGAGAUUCCGGACUACAGGAAUGCUGUCAUUGUUGCAAAGUCCCCAUCAGCUGCCAAGAGGGCGCAGUCCUACGCAGAGAGACUGCGUCUCGGUUUGGCUGUCCUGCACGGCACCGCUCCCGGUAUUGAGUGCAACGUGGGCGAUGGGUUGUACUCUCCUCCGCCGGCUCGCACCACCAUGGGACACACUGGCUUGGAGCUGCCUUUAAUGAUGGCCAAGGAGAAGCCACCGAUCACUGUUGUUGGAGAUGUGGGAGGAAGAAUCGCAAUCAUUAUUGAUGACAUCAUCGACGACGUGGAGGAGUUUAUCGCCGCUGCAGAGAUCCUGAAGGAGCGAGGCGCCUACAAGAUAUUCAUCAUGGCAACGCACGGACUGCUGUCUGCUGAUGCGCCAAGACUCAUUGAAGAGUCUGCCAUAGAUGAGGUGGUGGUGACCAACACAGUGCCCCACGAGGUGCAGAAGCUGCAAUGUCCAAAGAUUAAAACUGUAGACGUGAGCAUGAUCUUGGCUGAGGCUAUUCGCCGCAUCCACAACGGUGAGUCCAUGGCCUACCUGUUCCGGAACAUCACCGUGGACGACUGA